GGAGGAUAGAGUAAUGCAUAAAUUUUCCGACAAAACUUUGAGCCAAAAAGGUGCUUCUGUUUUGGGUUUGGUAAGCAAAAGAGAAAUCGAGGUGAAAAUUUGUCAUCCAUAGAAUAUGAGGGUUUGCUCCGCCCCUAUUAACCUCUCCUCUCCGAUUACCAUUUACAGACAUAACCCAUUCUUCUUCUUAUUACCCCCUCCCAACAAAACCAGCUUCACCACCAACACAUUCUGCUGCCAUAAACAAAAUUACUCACUUCCCCACUUAAACAACAAGCACACACACUCUAAAUUUAAUGCAAAUUUAAGUGCUUGUGAGGCACAGCUUUGCCCUGAUGAUUUCCUAGUUGUCAACUUUUAUCGCUUCGUCUCUAUCUCAGACCCCAAGGCCGAAGUUGCCAAGCACCUCGCUUUUUUGAAGGAUCUUGACAUAUAUGGCCGAAUAUAUCUCAAUGAACAAGGAAUUAAUGCCCAGUAUAGCGGACCAUCCAAAGAUGCUGUUGCAUAUGUUGAAUGGAUAAAAGAAGAUUUGAGGUUUUGUGAUAUAGAAGUUCAGAUUUCUCCAGCGCCGAAUGGGCAUGCCUUCCCUAAAUUAAAGCUGCGGUAUAAACCCUCGUUAGUACAGAUGGAAGGAGGGACUGCACAUCUCCCUCUGUUGGAUCCUGCAAUGCGAGCAACGCCUCUAACGCCAUCCGAGUGGAGAAAGAGAUUGGACAAGGUACGUCCAGAUGAUGUUGUAUUGGAUGUGAGAAAUGGGUAUGAGUGGGAUAUUGGUCAUUUUGUUAGCGCCCAGCGACCUCAUACGGAAUGCUUCAGGACUACUUCAUGUGACCCUCUAGCAACUGCUGAUAGAAACACAACAGAUAUAUUCAUGUACUGCACAGGAGGUAUCCGUUGCGAUGUGUAUUCUAUCAUCCUCCGGAAACAGGGCUUUCGGAAUUUAUAUACCCUCAUGGGGGGAGUUUCUAAUUAUCUUAAUCAAGAAGGUCCUGGACAGACACAGUGGGUUGGAAAUUUGUUCGUGUUUGAUCACCGUCUUUCUCUUCCACCUUCUGCUUAUAACCCUCAUGCUACAGCAGUCCAACUACCUCAAAAGUUUGCUAACUGUUAUGUAUGCGGAUCACAUGUCUAUGAUUUGAAGCAUCGAAACUGCGCUAAUCUCGAUUGUAACUUGCUUUUUUUAUGCUGUAUUGACUGUUUGAAGGACUUUAAAGGAUGUUGCUGUAUCAAAUGCACAACUGCCCCUCGGCUUAGGCCUCUUCUGCCAUCAUCUCACAGAUAUGAGAAAUGGCAUAUUUAUCGAGAAUUAGAAGAGCAAAUCAACGUGACUGUUUGAUUGCCAAGAUUGGAUAUUGAUGAUCUGAAUCCAUAGCUUGAGGAGGACAAACAUCAAUUGCCACCUGUUGAUGAUCAUUCGAUGAGAAAAUGAUGGAAAAUCUGAUCUACCACCAUCAACCUCCUUUGGGAUGAUGCUUUUGUUCAAAAAGUAGUUUCAGCUUCUACUAUAGAUGAGCAUUCCUUCACUUAAUAAUUUUUUUCCUUUUAUUUUCAUAAUCGGGGUUGUCUAUAAACUACUGUAUAUUAAUUGUUUGACAAAAUGUCUGUAUAUUUUUGUUCUUCUUAUGAACGUGUGUUUAGUGGCGGAACUAAAAAAAUUGUUCAGGUGGGCGGAAUUUUUUGCUUUGUCGAACAAUACGUCAUUCGAUUAUUUUGUAGACCAAACAACAUUAUGUUUGAUUUUUUUUCAA